UCCUAGCGUUCUUUGACGGCAUUUGACAUUCCUCAAAUAAAAAUCUCCAAUGAGCAAUUGAAAUAAAAUUGUUGUUAUUAAUUUUGUGUUAUGAAAACUUAAAAAAAAAGCUUAGAAUCAUGAGUGCAGCGGAGGCUGAAACGGUCAGCGAUCUGAUUCAACAAAUGAUAAUGUCGAUGUGUGGGGAGCAAAAACCAGAGGUAAUCAGAAGAUUCAUGAGAUUCUCCCUGGGUCUGCUUUCAUCGACACAAGGCGUUGAUGCUUUUCGUGAUGACGAGAUAUCCGUGAUCAGUCAUAUAAAAAGUAAACUCUCUACUAGAGAAAAUAUUUAUCUAGAAAAACUAAUGAAUGACUUAAAAGACAAUCCGCUGAGAAAUCGAGUUGGAAUCCUAGUGUUUUUACUCUAUAUGAGUCAAUCAGGAGAGCGGGACAGAUUUUCAUUACACGAUAUGCGAUUGGGAUUGAUUUCACCAGUGGCAUCAACCAGUGGCCAGACCCCUUCCUCAGGCUCUCAGCCACAAAUUGUUGCUGUCAAUACACCCGACUCCAACAGCCAAGGAAUUCCACUGAGCACCAGCAGAAUUUUCAAUGAAGACUGUAUUUCAGAAGAUAUAUUAGUCCAAGAACUCAUCUAUUCAUUCCAGGGUAUUGAAGGGAGAAUAUUGAAAUUGGACACGACUUACGGCUUCCAAAUAGGCCACCAAGCUAAACUCAAUCGCUAUCAUCAUCAGGCAGUCCUUCGUCUCAGUGAGCUCGGUUACCUGCACAAUGCUGUUCGCCGUGGUCUUGAGAGAAUAUCUCCAAAAGGUGCUGGUAGAGUUUCAGACAGCCUUGUAGCUGCUCUACAUAAAGAAUUAUCUGAGUACUAUCGAGUAAUCGCAAUGAUGCAGGAGGAAGUUAGUCGAGCACAUGGAUCCAUGGGUUUCGAACCUGUUACUCUCUCCCAUCUUCAUCUGUGGGCAUAUGACCCUCUGGAAACUCUAAAAUGGUUAGCUAGUAUUGUUCGAGCAUGCCAAGAACAGAAAGGCGGUGCUUUAGCAUCCGUAGUCUAUGAAUUUAGUCAUCAUGGUGAUCCAAGAGUUCAAAAACUCGUUAAAAGAAUCUUGGAAAGUGUUUGUGAACCACUUUAUAACAUGCUCAUUCGGUGGAUCACUGAUGGAGUUUUGGAUGAUCCAUUCCAGGAAUUUUUCAUUGAGGCACGGCCUAAUGUAAAUGGCGAUAGGAUGUGGCAUGAGAAGUAUUUAGUGAGAGAUGCUAUGGUUCCGAGUUUUAUUAGUAAAUCACAGGCGCGUAAGAUUCUGGGAACAGGCAAGAGUAUUAAUUUUCUCAGAGAGGUCUGCAAGGAUUCAACGCCUCUUCAUGGAAGGGAUGCUGAGAUAUUCAGUGAUGGCCCCGGAAAGUGUAACGUCGAAGCAUUCUUUGAUAUGGAUCCUGAUGGACCACUACAGACUAUCAUGGAAACUGCGUACAAGGAAACGUCGACUAGGGUUGUCGAAGUGCUCACGAAGGAGUACCAACUUAUGGAUCAUCUGCAGGGGAUUAAAGGAUAUCUUCUGUUGGGCCAAGGCCAUUUUAUUCAGCAUCUUAUGCAUUUAUUAGAGCCUCAGUUAGCGAAACCAGCCAACUCUUUAUAUCCACAUAAUAUUUCGUCUGUGUUGGAGACUGCCAUCAGGGCGACAUGCACGAAGAUCGAGGAUAUUGAUGUCCAAAGACGAUUAGACAUCAGAAUGCUACCUCCCUCAGAGAACGAAACGGGAUGGGAUGUCUUUAUGCUUGAUUAUAACGUUGAUGGGCCUAUUGGCACUAUAUUGGAGCCGUGCAGAGGAACUUACCAAGCAGUAUUCUUCUCCUUAUGGAAAGCUAAACGAAUGGAAUACAUUCUCUCAACUAUAUGGAAACAUGAAAUAACGACAGCCAAAAUUUUGCGAAGAAUACCAGAGGUGCUGCCAAUCCAGAAUCUUAUUCAUCUCAUAACAAGUUCAAUGGUGCACUUAGUCCACCAAAUGCAAUAUUACUUUUUAUUUGAAGUGAUUGAGUGCUCGUGGGAUAUUUUCGCCAAUAAUCUCCGACAAGCGACAUCACUAGACGACAUUAUUGUUGCUCAUGACCAUUUUGUAGAGUCGGUUAAGAAAGGAACUCUUCUUGAUGAAAAUUCUCAAGAAUUACGAGAUCAGUUGCGUACAGUUUACAAUCCCAUUUUGAGUCUUCAGAACAUCGAAGAGACAUUCUUAACACGAGCUACAGUCGAGUACGAGGCUAGGAUGAAAACAAAUAAAUUCAUCAAUAUUCAAAGUGAAAAGACUAAAACUUGGGGAAGAACCAAUACAGCAGAUGCCGAUGCAAUCGAAAGGAUUAAUGCAUUCACCAAAUAUCUCACGACUUUAUCGAAACAAUUGAAGGUAUUAUCGAAAACGUAUCAGGAUCAAGUGAAGAAAUUCCUCUUGAUGCUAGCCUCUACUGAGGAUGUCUCACUGCAACUCUUGAGCGUACGAUUAGACUUCAAUGAACAUUACAAGAGCAAAGAUAGUAGUUUGUUAGCUCCUUUGAUGUACCAACAUCGUCGGCAAAGUGAUCACUCUUUUCUCACGACUAAGUGACAGCCAAUCAUCGAGUUCAUAACUUCACAGAGUUCCAAUAAAAUUGGUAAUGGCCAAGGAAAGAAGAAAAAACUCUUAUUGGCUAAUUUGGAGAAAUCACCGAAUGAAAUUAAUCGGAAGAAACCGAAUGUUAAAAUUGAUCUCGACAGUUGUAUUGAUAAAUCCCGAUCAAGGAUUAACUUGAAACACGUACAGGCAAGUAAGAGGGCUUUAAGGAUAUUCUUAGAGGGAGAAAUCUUAGCUCAAACUAAAUUGGAAUUCUCCAGUAAUGCAACUGAUACCACAACACCUAUGACACCAUUUGGUCACCAAGAAAUUGAAUUUUCAUUGUACCCCCAGAAAUUCACAAUUUUGCCUCUUGAAGGAAUCCCAUCUGAUUCAAAGAAAUCCUACGGUUCUACGCGAUCAGUAGAUGGAUAUCUGCGACAAACUGCGGAACAAGCGAAAAUAAAUAUUCAUGAGAAUCAUUUUUUCAGUCAACGUAAUGAGUCAGUGAAUUAUGAUCUUGAAGAAAAAAUUCCAAUUAGACAGUGUCAUAACAUUUAUAAUAAAGUUGAUCCCGAUAUGCUAAACUGGCAUGUGAAUUCGAGUAUUUGUGAUUCAGAUUCUAUUGAGGGGUCAUUGUCUGGCGAUAGUCUUUCGAAGAUACCACUUUGUAAUGACAAUCAGAGUGGAAAUAGGAUUCAGCGUUGGUGGAAAAGGAAAAAAAAUCUAUUUUGCUGUGUCGGUUGAUGUUUCACUUUUUCGCUAUUGAUACAAUCAAUGUAGAAUUUUGCUUCACAGGAAAUGCACAGACGUUUCCUUAAGUUCAUUCUAUCGUACAAUUCUCAUUAGAAGGGAACAAUAAUUGGCAAUUUUGCAACAUAUUAUGUCAAGUGCACCUGGCGAGGGGGAUGAACUGUUCAAAUACAUACUUCAAUUGUUGAAAUUUUUUUUAAUAAAAAGAAAAAAAGUUUUACUUUCACGAAAUGUUAUUCAAUCUACCUAUCGAUGCUGUAACACUUCUUUUCACUUUCAGGCGAAUAUUUAUUCACAGCAAAACAGCAGAAAAAUUUUCAUUAAAAAACUUUGCGAAUAUUCCAAAAAAUCAGGUCAAUCAUCAUUUUCAGACUCGUAUAAACUGAAUUUAUAUGUUUAACUAUUGCAUUGAAAACACACUGAGAACAAUUAAUGAAAGACGACAUCGGUUGAACACUGUUACCUUUUUAAAAAAGUUAAACAAAUAGAUUAUUCAUAAAAUCGAAGAGAAUUAUUGAAUCAGGCUUAAUAAAGUAAUACAGAAAAUAUUCAUCUUUUUUACAGCACUCUCCAUUAAAAAAACAGUCCAAUUUCGGAAGUCACCGCAGUAUAAUAGUAAAGGGAUACGCAUAGUGAUAAGAUUUUUUUGUUGAUGCUAAUAAAAAGUUGUUUAUCAACAGGGUCAUGAAAAUACAAUAUCUUUCAACCUUUCGUCAAUGAUCGUCGAACCUUUCUUUUAAUGGGUGUCCGUCUUAGCCAAAGUUAUGGCCUUGAAGUUUGCAGACAAAAAACUUUAACAGGGCAUAUUUCAUUAGGGAACAGAGUAAUUUGAAAGUUUCCAAUUUCAUUUGGUAGAAUUUGAAAAUUUUUUAUCGUGAUAGGUAACACAUAGACGGUUAUCAUGAUUUCAAAUCAUAUUAUUGGCGUAUAACGUAGUGAAAACCAUCAGCAUGACAUAAUUUUUCGUUGGAUAAAAUAAAAUAUGAAAAACUUUUUGUCACACCACUUUUUUUAUAAAAUUUCGUCGUGAGGUUUAUUCUUUCAUUUUCAUUUUAUCCAAAAAUCUGCAAUAUCCAAAAUCUUCGUCCAUUUCUCCUACGUGUUUGACGAACCCAACGAAAAAAUAAAAAAAAAACACGUUUCAGAAAAUUGAAGAUCUUCUUGUGAUGGCCGGAUUUUUUCGUCAGAAAAGCUUAGUUUAUCAUUUAUGCUCUUCUGUACCAUAAAAAAAAAUUAACAGAGGAUAUCUUUAAGUGAUGUUGUCGAAUAUAGACUAAAUAUCAUUCGAAUUUUAGGUUAUGACUAAUGUUUGACAUGACAUGUUUUCAAAAAAUGACCACGCUUUCCGUCAUCUGGAAACAGUUAAAAAGCAAGUUUCACAUCGAACAUUAUCCAUGAAAAUGAUGAGAUGUAGAAAACAAUCAUUUUGUCGAUUUGAAUUUUUCUUUCUCUUUACGU